CAUAUCUUUCUGGCACAGACCUCGUCUCCUGAUCCCCUCGACACCUCUGUGCCCAUCUUCAGUGGCUGCGGAGCUCUUGGUUUGCACAUACGAGACGACACCUUACCAGUGAGUCGCUUAACUGAGUGCUGCGGCACCCACGACCUCUGCUACCGCGCCUCAUGCAGAGUCAACAAAAAAGACUGCGACUUCAAGCUAAAAGCGUGUCUGUACACAGUCUGCGAUGACAAGACGAUGACCCGAGCAGUCCAACAGACGUGCAGAGGCGCUGCCAAGCUUCUCUUCUCAGGCACGAUGGCCCUGUCCUUCCAGCAGUACAACAGCGCUCAGGGGGCGCUCGAGUGUAAAAAACCUCAAAAAGGUGGAAAAUGGUGAAAACAACCGUGAAUAAAAUACUCAAAAUGGGUCAGAAGUAUAAUACAGUUAACUGUUAUGAUCACUGUUUAAGAUCACCUCCAUUACCAGAGAAGCGAGAACACACCUUACCUGGAGCUUACACCAUACCCACCCCUUCUCUGUGCUAGUAAUAAUUUCUGAAAAAAAUAAAA